AGGCCGGGUCUCGGACCCAGACCUACAGGGAAAGGCUCCCCUCAGGAGGCGGUGCCUCAAAGCCGCCUCACCGGCGAGACACGAUUGGCUGAUUUGAUACUGGAAAUUCAUUGGUUCGGAGAGCUGCCAAUCCUGAGUCUGAGCCCGCCUCUCCCCCACCCCCGUAGGCUGAUAUGUUAAAGAGGCGGGACGCCGAGGGCCCAGGUUGCAAAAUGGCGGACAUUGACGACAGCUUGUGGAGGCCUCCCCGAAGCUGUGAGCAUUACUGGGCGGAAUGGAAGCACUGCCGGACCAUCCGCAACUUCCUCCAUCACUACUACACCUAUGGGGAGACCCCAUCCUGUGACCAGUGGAAGAGAGACUACCAAAACUGCCAGGAGUGGGAGGAGAAUGGGAGUCCCGAAGCCAAGCAAUUCCUCUGCAAGAGUGAGCAAGCCCGCAUCCUGGCCAAGCAGAAGCACGCCCCGGUGUGGACCAUGAGACAGAGCCCCCCCAGGGACUGGCACCUGCCUCUGCCCGGGGAGGGGAAAUCCAAGUGAGAGCCGUGUGACGGUGGAGACGGGCUGAAGCAGCAGCUUAGCGCAAGGGGGACAGAAGCCACGGGGCCGGGUGCCUGCCAGCUCCCCGUCCUGCCGGGCCCCCUCGCCUCAGUUAAGCUUGGCAGGGUGGGCAGCCAUGAGAGCCCCAAACCUCAGCACCUCCUUCAGCCGGCCACAUCCCCGGGAAAAGGGCACCCAGAACACCAGGGUGCCUGGCUCAGGGAUGUCAGGGUGCUCCCCUCGUCAUGUUUUGUGAAAGGCGAGGACCAGAAGUCAUCCCAAAGGUGCUUUCCCCAAGAGCCCGUCUCCCCUUGCCAAGGUGCCCGGCAACUACCUCUGCCCUUCAGACAGCCCAGAGUGGGGACACCCAACCGGGCCCCGCCUGCCUUGCCCACCAGCUGUGGCACCCUGGCACACGGAGGGAAGACUGGAGCGCCUCGCUUUGCUGACGCCCGCCCCCACCAGAAGCGCAUGGCCUGCUCCGGACGAGGACCCUCGCCACCAGAGUUAGAAGAGAAAUGGAAACCCGUCCUCCCUCCCCAUCUUCCUGCUUUACUGCUGCCCUCAGGCUGAAAGAUUGCUUGCUUUUGUAGAUGUGCGGCCAUGAUGGAAAAUAAACGGGCAGCCACCCA